AUGAAUUCGCAACUGCAAUUGGCCGAUGCGCCCGAGGAGGACAAGAUAAAUUCCACGAUGACCAUUGCAGUAAAUGCUGCACAGCUCAUGGUAUUUGGGCCGAGCACUGCGCCAGUGGGCCAAAGUAUCCUCACUCGACCCAUCAACCCGAGAUGGCUACUCCGGCAUCCGAAGGGAGCAAACGACGUCGCAUUUGGCGAUUAUUCAUAUGAUGAUUUAUAUGGAGCUAUCGUGUCAUUCCUAUAUGUUGUGCACAACCGCAAGGGUAAUUCUAACAAGCUGACAGACAGACCGGGCCAGGAUACCAAGCUGGGCGAUCUCCAGCAUGCACCGGCAACAGUCCUCAAAGAGGCACACGAGAAUUUACUCACCAAAUUUCAACGGAUCCUACCAGGAACCGUCGUGGAAUAA